UUUAUUUUGAAAACCCGUUUUGCUGAUGGUGUGCUGGAAUUUUUGGUUUGCAUGAUUUCAUUUUCCUGCGCAUUCAUGUACCAAGUGUGCAGGCUACACCCAGUUUGAUUUUUAUUUGAAAUGGCAUUCUUUUGUGUUGAAGGCUUAAGUUUUAAAGGUGUUAUGUGUGUCUUUUGCUAGAAAUAUUUCGAUGCAGCAAGCAAAAAUCUUUUUGUAUCUGUGAAGCUAUUGGGUUAAUCACAUUUUGACUUAAAGCUAGUUCAGUACGAGGCAGAAAAAAGUUUGAAACUUAAAAAAAAAUUAACCUGUCAGCUGUUUUAACUUUUCAGUCAGGAAGCGAGAACGAUAAUGCGGAAGGUAAUAAACCUUGUACAGUUGUGUACGUGAGUGGGCCGCUCUCGCGCGCUCGCGCGUGCAAGGCGCGUAGAAGCGCGAGCCACGCCACCAGCAGAGAGGGGUUCCCCUUACCGUCAGUGCGCACAAAGCAGAGAGAGGCUGACAGAGGCUUUUAAUGUGUGAAAGCUCGGACAACAACGAGGAAGUGCCGCAGAGGACCGACGGAACAGGCUGAAGUCAAAGUGCGUCUGAACUUUCUGAGAGUGAAAUGGCCGGAUUUGACGACUGAAAUAGAAGAAGCUGUGCGCCUCUCGUUGUGCGCUCACGCGACGGAUUCAGCUCUCCAAUGCCCAAAGAGUGCAGGAGAAAGACCUCCAAGGAUUUCGGACUCCCUGGGACUGGAAUAAACGAGGGGUCUCGCUUAGAGCGAAGAGCACCCGCCAAGUCAUCCCAGAUUUGCGAUGAGCUCAUUCAGAAAGCCGCUCAAAUCUCCCCGUCGUCCGCAACCAGAGCGCCGACUGUGAUGGAUACGCGCCGGGUACCGCAGGUUACCAUAACUCCGGAGGGAGGCGGCUCCUCCCGGGAGAUGCAGCAGGAGGACUGGGGUGACACGGUGGAGAGUACCCUGCGCAGGAAACUGUCCAACUCCUCCAUCUCCUCCACGGGGUCCUCUGUUGUGGAGUCUGAGGAUGACUUACUCAGUGACAACGAGAGUAAAAGCAAGGGCAUCGUAACUUUAGAGCAUCUGGUGGACUCUGGGGAGAGCAAGCCAUGGUGGAAGCUAAAGACGAUUGUUCACUGGCCCUUCAGCGCUACCCAGAGGAGAAAACUAAACUGGGUUCAGCUUGCUGGGCAUAAAGGUAACUUCAAAGCGGCAGACGAGGGCACCAUUCUGAAGAAGUUCUCAGAAAACGAGAUGCAGUGUUUCGAGAAGCUGAAGGGGGACAUGCUGCUGCCAUUUGUUCCCGGUUACCACGGCGUUGUGGAAAAAGAAGGAGAGUCUUUCCUCCAUAUGACUGACCUGCUGGCGAACUUUGACCUUCCCAAUGUCAUGGACUGUAAGAUGGGAGUGAGGACAUACUUGGAGGAGGAGCUUGUUCGAGCGCGAGAGCGGCCAAAGCCAAGGGAAGACCUGUACAAGAAAAUGGUGGAGGUGGACAGCGAAGGCCCGACUCCCCAGGAGCAUUCCCAACAAGCUGUCACCAAGCCUCGCUACAUGCAGUGGAGAGAGACAAUGAGCUCCACAAACACCUUGGGCUUCAGGAUAGAAGGGAUCAAGAAAUGUGACGGCACAUGUCGAACUGACUUCAAGAAAACCAGAUCGAAGCAGGAUGUCAUCCAGGUGUUCGAGGACUUUGUUGAAGGGAAUGUCAGCAUCAUAGAGUCUUACCUGAGCAGACUGACAGAGAUCCAGCAGGCCCUAAAGAGAUCAGAGUUCUUCAAGCAGCACGAGGUCAUUGGCAGCUCUCUCCUCUUUAUCCAUGACCACACAGGCAAAGCACAGGUCUGGAUUAUUGACUUUGGCAAGACGACAGCAUUACCAGAGGGCCAGAUGUUAAACCAUGACAUUCCCUGGCAGGAAGGCAACCGGGAGGAUGGUUACCUGUGGGGGCUGGAAAACCUUAUCCACACACUGGAGUCUGUAAGCAACAAAGGGACCAGUGAGCAAACCUGUUGUACGGAUACCAAAGAAAUUAGCCAAACUAUAGAAACAGAUGUCCAGUGACCUUUGACUUAUAAAUGCAUGUAAGGAACUCAAACUAUUUUAAUGGACACCACAGAGAUUUCAUAUAUGUUUAUUUGCUUUGGGUGCUCUAUGAGCAAUGUUUAAAAAGUACAGAAAUGCUACAAAAACAUUUCAUGUAGCCUAAGAAGAGCUUUAUGAAGCUCUUGAACAGUGGGCAGAUAUGAGCAUCCACAGUAAUCCCAGGCUUUACCAUUUCAAACAAGUGACCAUAUUUGGAUGUGAAAGGUUUUGUACUUACACUGACAGAAAAGACAGGAUGGACACUGAACAGAGAGUAGAGAAUUUGUCACUAGUUUGAGUAAAAGAACUGACACUAAUUCAACUUCCUACAAAGUGAACAGAAGUGAAAGUGUAGGCUUUCUGCAUUUCAGUUUCAGGGAUGGGAUGUUGCAUGUGAAGGAAAUGCUCAUAAAAUCCUCAGUAAAUCAAGGAGCGUCAAGUCACAAACUCAGUCUCACUUCAUACCAUCGACUGUAAACAUCCCCCUUGAUGUUACAAACCUGAGUGAAACUCUGACUGGGUCUCAGACCUCAUUGUCACAUGACUACAACAUUAUAACACAUUCUCAGUAUAGUACUGCAUAAAGAUUAACCUGUAUUAUCAGUGUCUCUGUUUUGAUAAACUGUCAUUUAUUGUGUAUCAAUUUAUAUUUCUUUCCCUGACUUUAUUUCUGUAAUCAAACUUGUAAAUAUUUUCAUUUCCUGUGUGCCUUUUCUGUGCAUAACUUGUUGGAUACAGAUGCUGCACUGUUCGCUAUAGCACAUUUUUGUUUGGUCUGGAUCUUAUCUCAGAAUAUGACAUGUGAGAAGUGUUGUACAAAUGAAUGAAAAUGUACAUGGAAUUAAAAGGGGGACAAUACUG